GUCUGUGUGGGCUCGAGCUCACCGAGUCACGACGAUUAACGUUCUCAGGGCCAGCUCCAGCCGUGAUUUCCUAGCAGUCUCGCACUGAGCAGGAGAAGUCAAACACUUCUACUUCUACUGAUUUAGACGUCCACCUCGAUGGCCUCGUCACAAGGAAUGUCUGACGUGUCAAAGGCUAGGGACUCGAUUGACAAAGGCUGGCGUGACGAUAAAUCUCCCACACGCUUUGUUACGCCUUCGUGUGUUUCCUCAUGCAUCGCAUGUGUACAUGCAUGUCUGUGUGUUCCUGUUAACAGUUGCAAACCCAGAGUCCCUUCCUAUCUAUGUCCAGUAAUCAAUGGAGAGCGACCACACAGCUACGGAAAUAGGCCCCUUCAAUUCAUUCUCUUCAAGUUACCGCUCUCAAAUUAGCCCUGCAAACAGCUCCGCUGGGGGUGGGCCGGCCCGGACUGAAAUCAGAAGUGAUUGGCCGGAAGCAACGGAAAUGACAC